AUGGCCCCAAAGCGCAAGGCGAUUCCCUCGGGCAAGGGCACGGUCAAGGCUGGCCGGUCCUCCAAGGUCUCAACCCCAGGACCUGCCACGCCUCGUAGCACGGGGAGCUCAGAACCAGAGCCGGAAAUAGAAGAAGACGAUGACGAGCUCGAUGAGGGGAUCCAGCGCAACGUAGACUACUUCGACCUCAACAAUGAAGAGUACAAGUACCGCGAGCCGCCUGCCUUCGUCGACAUGGCCUCCAAGUUCUUUGGCGCCCAGCACGAACGCGACUUCACUAGGAUGAAGAUGAAGCCCGAUCACCAAAAUAGGCCUGUGUGGAUCCAAGGCGACUUCAAGGUCGUGCUUGAAAGCUUCCACCCACUCGCGCCACAGGCGCAAGACUUCCUCAUCACGAUCGCCGAACCCUUGUCGAGACCGACGUUUCUGCACGAGUAUAAGCUCACUACACACAGCCUUUAUGCCGCCGUCUCUGUUGGCCUGAACCCGAACGACAUAGAAAACACCCUCGAUCGUUUCUCAAAGACGCCAGUUCCCGACAACAUCAAAAAGUUCAUCAAGAACUGUGGUAGGGCUUAUGGCAAGGUGAAGCUUGUGUUGCGGAACAACAAGUACUACGUUGAGACCACAGACGCCGAAGUCCUGCAGUUGCUUCUCAAGGACCCCAUAAUUGGUGGGCAGUGCCGAGUACACGGCGCUGAAGAAGUCACGACAAGUGCUCCCAAGAUGUCAGGACUGGCCAUUGCUGGGACCAAGGAAGCCGCCGGCGUGCGCGAGGCCGAGGGCUUGAACAACAACAAGGUCAAUGCUGGUCAGGCUGGCCAAGGCCCGACGGCCCAGGACGUGUACACCGCACUGAACGAUGAUGACGACGAGGAAGAUGCAGAUGUAGUCCAUGCGUUCCAGAUCCAGGACGAGAAGGUCGGCGAGGUCGCCAAGCAGUGCCUGGAAUUGCGCUAUCCCGCUCUGGAGGAGUACGAUUUCCGAAAUGACAACGCCAACGCCAAUCUGGAGAUCGACUUGCAGCCGGCGACGCAGAUUCGUCCGUACCAGGAGAAAAGCCUUAGCAAGAUGUUCGGUAACGGUCGUGCGAAGAGUGGUAUAAUUGUGCUGCCCUGUGGGGCAGGCAAGACACUGGUUGGUAUCACGGCUGCUUGCACGAUCAAGAAGGGCAUUAUCGUCCUGGCCACUAGCAACAUGUCUGUGAUCCAGUGGAGGAAUGAGUUCAUCAAGUGGUCGAACAUCAACCCUGAUGAUAUUGCCAUCUUCUCCUCGGACAACAAGGAAGUGUUCACCGGCAACACCGGCGUCAUCGUCACGACCUACUCCAUGGUGAGCAACUCGCGAGAGCGAGCUCACGAGUCAGCCAAGAUGAUGAAGUUCCUUCAAAGCCGUGAAUGGGGCUUGAUGCUCCUUGAUGAAGUGCAUGUCGUCCCUGCAAACAUGUUCCGCAAAGUCACUGGUGCUAUCAAGGCUCACUCCAAAUUGGGUCUCACGGCGACACUGCUGCGAGAAGACAACAAGAUCGAGGAUUUGAACUUCCUGAUUGGGCCCAAGUUGUACGAGGCCAACUGGAUGGAGCUGUCACAGCAAGGUCAUAUCGCAAGAGUGCAGUGUGCCGAGGUUUGGUGUACCAUGACGACGGAGUUUUACGAUCAGUAUCUCGCAGCACCUUCGCGCAAGAGAUCGCUCUUCUACGUCAUGAACCCUAGCAAGAUUCAGGCGUGCCAGUAUCUCAUCAAGUACCACGAAGAGCGAGGCGACAAGAUCAUUGUCUUCUCGGACGACAUCUACGCCCUGGAGUUUUAUGCGAAGAGGUUGAUGAAGCCGUAUCUCCACGGCGGCACCAGCAACUCUGAGAGACAGACUAUCUUGCAGCUGUUUCGAGACUCGCCUUCAACCAACACCAUCUUCCUCUCCAAGAUUGGUGAUACGUCCCUCGAUCUCCCAGAGGCGACAUGCCUCAUCCAGAUUUCGGCACAGUACGGGUCCCGACGCCAGGAAGCUCAGCGCCUUGGCCGAAUCCUGCGAGCCAAGCGACGAAACGACGAGGGCUUCAACGCCUUCUUCUACUCGCUUGUCUCCAAGGACACACAAGAGAUGUAUUUCUCGUCAAAGAGGCAGGCGUUCCUGGUCGACCAAGGCUAUGCCUUCAAGGUGAUCACACAUCUGCACAACAUCGAAAAGACGCCAGACCUAGCGUUCGCGACGGCGCAGGACCGGAAGGAGCUCUUGACCAAACUUCUGAUCGACCUCGAGAAAUCUGCGGCUGUCUACGACAGGGAGGAGAGCGGGCUGGCGGCGGAGGGCAACAUGUUCUACGGACCGGACGGCAAGCCGCUCCGGCACACGGGCAAGAAGAAGAACUACGUCAGGAGGACGGCGGGCGCGCUGAGCGACCUGAGUGGUGGGCAGGACAUGGCGUACGUUGAGCAGAACAAGAGCGCGAACAGGUCCAUGACCAAGAAGAAGAAGGGCCCGCAAAGCGACUUCUUCAAGAAGAUUGCGAGGGACAACGAGAGGCGGAGGAAGGCGGCGCAAGAGUGA